AUGAGUCAUAUCGAUAGGCUAGCAAGGCCGUUAUUGGAGGUUGCCUGCUUCAACGGCGAUUCAGGAGUCCAUGCAGCCGAAGGAGGCGCUGAUCGGAUUGAAUUAUGCUACGAUUACACGUCUGGGGGCCUUUCGCCUGAUCCAGCGAUGCUGACUCGGUUGAAAACCCAGGUUUCAAUUCCAGUCUUUGUCAUGAUCCGUCCACGUGCCAACGACUUCUUUUACAACAAUGAAGAAUUUGAAAUCAUGAAAUCCACAUUGAUGACGCUAAAAAAUGCAGGGGCCGAUGGAUUUGUGUUUGGUAUUCUCAAUCCAGUUCCGUUGGAUAACCCCGCAUGUUCAUGGAUCGAUGUCAAUAGAAAUAAACAACUGGUCAAACUCGCAGGUGACAAGCCAUGCACUUUUCACCGCGCUUUUGAUUGUAUCCCGGAACGACAUUGGGGCACAGCGCUCGGCAACCUAGCGGAAUGUGGCUUUGCUUCGAUCCUUACAAGCGGGGGUCCGUCGGGAAAUACAGCCAUUGAAUGCGUUGACAAGCUCGCUGAGUUAUUCCGACAGGCGGACCUGACCCAAUCACAAUUACUGUCUGACCUGCGAGUCCCUGAGAUCAUAGUCGGUGGUGGUGUUAGAUCGUCUAAUAUUCGACUGCUGUGGGAGAGAACGCAUGGACGAGCGUUCCAUUCCAGUGCAUUGGUUGACAACAGCGAUGUUGUUGCGGCUGCUGAGGUGGAAAAACUGAAAGAUUCACUAAUUAGAUUUGAGCUGCAGUAA